CUAACCAGCCGAUUCCUUGUCUACGGAACCGAGGUCCCUGCUCAUAGCGAUUGCAGGACCUCGAGAUCCAAUUGUUGUUGCCAACUUGUACCGGGAUUCGAUGCCGUAGGGAUCUACGCAGCUCUGUGCUUUCACCGAUCUCCUCGCUUCUCUUUUUCAGCGUUUUUUUAGUUUUUUAGUUGUUUUCUUGCGGCAUUCUGGAUUGCGACCAUCACGACAGGCGUCUUUUUUCCACUUGAAGAGUUCUCGCGGCCAUUUCAUCGUAUUUUUCAUGUGAGAGGAAGAUUGAUGCGAUCGAUCGGCGGAGGAGAAAGUGAGGUCGAAUUUUCGCAAGCAGAAAUAAGAUUGUCCAGCGUUUAACAUGUUUCGUGCUGCGGCAGCAUUGGCGGCUCAUGUAAGGUUUCGACCACUUGUGCGAAACUUCGAUCAUUUCCAGUUGGUCCGAUGGUUUUCAGCAAAAGACAUCAGGUUUGGUGUGGAAGCUCGUGCUCUCAUGCUUCAAGGUGUGGAGCAACUUGCAGAUGCUGUGCAAGUAACGAUGGGUCCCAAGGGCCGUACUGUCGUCUUAGAGCAGUCGUAUGGCUCUCCAAAAAUUACUAAAGAUGGAGUUACAGUUGCCAAGAGUAUUGAGUUUAAGGACAAGCUGAAGAAUGUUGGAGCCUCAUUAGUGAAGUCUGUGGCAAACGCGACAAAUGAUGUUGCAGGAGACGGUACAACUGCCGCAACAGUGCUUGCUCGAGCCAUUUUUACUGAAGGUUGCAAGUCCGUUGCAGCUGGCAUGAAUGCCAUGGACUUGCGCCGUGGCAUUACACUUGCUGUGGAUGCAGUUGUUGCUCACUUGAAGAGUCAGGCAAAGAUGAUCAGCACAUCUGAAGAAAUUGCACAAGUAGGGACCAUUUCUGCCAACGGAGAUCGUGAAAUCGGUGACUUGCUGGCUCGUGCCAUGGAAAAAGUCGGCAAAGAGGGUGUCAUCACUGUCUCUGAUGGUAAAACACUUUUCAAUGAAUUAGAAGUUGUGGAAGGCAUGAAGCUUGACAGGGGUUAUAUCUCACCUUAUUUCAUCACCAACAACAAAACUCAGAAAGUGGAACUCGAGAAUCCAGUCAUACUGAUUCAUGAAAAGAAGAUUACAGGCCUACAAUCAAUUCUUCCAGUUCUUGAGCUGGUGGUCAGGGAGCAAAGGCCAUUGCUCAUAGUUGCAGAGGAUGUUGAAAGUGAAGCUCUUGCUACCCUUAUCGUUAAUAAAAUUCGUGGUGGAGUGAAGGUUUGUGCUAUCAAGGCACCCGGAUUUGGUGACAGCAGGAAGUCCAUAUUGCAGGACCUUGCUGUUUUGACUGGUGGUCAGUUGAUUAGUGAAGACCUUGGGUUGAAACUAGAGAAAAUAGAACUAGACAUGCUUGGAGCAGCUAAGAAGGUUACAGUAUCAAAAGAUGACACAAUCAUCUUGGAUGGUGCUGGUGAUAAGGCUAUCAUAGAGGAACGUCUUGAACAGAUUCGAGACUCAUUGGGUCAAACUACAUCAGAAUAUGAUAAAGAAAAGUUGGAAGAGCGACUAGCUAAACUUUCAGGAGGUGUAGCUGUCCUCAAGAUCGGAGGAACUAGUGAAGUGGAAGUCAAUGAGAAAAAAGAUCGUGUAACGGAUGCCUUGAAUGCCACUAAAGCAGCUGUGGAAGAGGGCAUUGUACCCGGUGGUGGUGUGGCCCUCUUGUAUGCUUCAAAAGAGCUCUAUAAGAUACCUACAAAUAACUUCGAUCAGAGAAUUGGGGUGCAGAUCAUUCAAAAUGCACUGAAGAUGCCAGCCUACACUAUUGCACAUAACGCAGGGUUGGAGGGAGCCGUUGUAGUUGGCAAACUUUUGGACCAAUCGAACCUUAAUAUCGGUUAUGAUGCUGCCAAGGGAGAGUACGUGGAUAUGGUGAAAGCUGGAAUUAUUGACCCUGUGAAAGUAAUCAGAACCGCAUUCGUCGAUGCAGCAAGUGUUGCUUCCUUGAUGACGACGACUGAAGCUGUAGUCGCAGAAUCCAACAAGGAAGAAAAGGACUUAGUGCCCAGUACGGGAGGAGGCAUAAGUGGUUUGGGCGGAAUGGGUGGCAUGUAUGGCUGAGCAAUAUGUCCGAGAUUUGUUGUCGGCAGUGGAUGUUGUCAGACACAUGUUUUCAAGAGUUCGUUCCCCAUGAAAGAUCCUAGAUAACAAGAUGACAUGAACAAUUUAGGCAGAAUACAUGAACACUGUAUGCUACGAGGUUAAUUUCGUAACCCUGAAAGUCAGGUGUACACAUAUUCAGCGCAAAUUUUCAGCAGGGUCAGUGUCAUUUUCCAGUUUUGAAUAGGUGUGACGUCCUUCAUUACAUCAUAAUUGACCUACCGCAGAGAACAUGAUAGCCGUUGUCACAACAAAUAUCAUUCAGAUUGAAUUAAUUUAAUGGUCACAAUAACAAGACUUCAACCAAUACCUCUAUGGAAACAUGUCUUGUACUUGAGGUAGCAGAGCAUAUUCACAAGAAUUUUGAUAUUAGUAAAACUCAUAGGACAUCA